UAUUUGUUGGAGUACGAAGAAGAAAGUGAAGUAGAAGCUGAGAAUGAUGAUAACAAUAAUUGUUUUCUCGAAAACAACGUUAACAUCAUGACUAGAAGAGGCACACGACGUCAAAGAAAACAUCAAGAAGAGCGCAUGGCAAAAAAGACUCAAAAAUUCAUCAAAGAAAUGAAAAUUGAUAUGAAUAUGAUGAAAAGUAAAAGGAUGGGAUCGCGAAAAUUACGAAGAUACGAAAACGCUCAGCUUUUGUAUCUGUCUGUGGAUGAGAAUGAUAUCUGCGAAGAUUACUCAGAUAUUGCGCAAACAACAGAAACAUCUUUAUCAAAGUUGUUUGACAACAAGGAAAAUAUGGAGGCUUGGAAUACUUUUAUUGAAAAAGAUGAAGAGGAUCAGCGGAAAUACCUGGAAAAUGUAAAAAUGGAGGAAAUAAAUAAACAAUGCUGCAGCUGUGAUGAUCAUUCUACUCUGGAAGCUAAAAUUUUAGAACAUCGGCCUUGUCAAAUUCAUUCUUAUUUGCCGAAUACUGCAUUUUUUGGUUUGAAUCGGCGUAUAAGGAUAAUGUUAAAGCACAAAAAUUUGCCGUUGGAGUUUAUGACAGAACUUGAAAAUGAAUUAAGAAGUUUCUUCUGUAAAAAUGUGCCACCAGUAUUAGAGUGGUCUUCAUCUGUCUUAACACGUUGGCAGCGCUUCAUAAUACACACAAUAUCGGAUUAUCUUUCCUUAAGUUCGAAAAGUAUUUUUUGUGCAUAA